CGUUUACUAGUGCUGUUCAUGCUAUGGCCACAAUUUGGUUUUCACCGACCUCCCUAUUCAAAUCCAAAAUUUGGUUUGUCGCCUGGAAUAUAUAAUAGUCGAAGGACACUAUGGAGAUGGACAUUCUUCCAAAGGGCAGCAAAGAUGCCUUGGUCGAUAGACACGUCGCUAUCGUUCAUCACCCUUCUCCUCACGAGAAUCUCGUUCCUUCUUAAAAUCUGGAACCAUGUUGCAAAUUGGUCUUACAGGAGGGUUCUACCCCAAGGAGUAGCCAGAUCUACCCCCGAUGCCUCGAUUCUCAGAAGGCAACAACGACAUCAACAACAUCAACUACACCAUGUCGAUCCAGAGAUUCUGCUCGAAUCUGGGCUACAUCCCGGAGUCUACCAAACGCUGGUUGUUAAUCAGGUCUGUGAAGCGACGCCACCUAAAGCUUCGAGCCCGGGUUGACUCGCAGAAGACACUCGUUGUAAACAUCGGUUCGGUUGCGUAUACUGUAUGACCGACAUAGCUGUUCCAGCUUUACCUACGAUAUCUAUCCAUCGGGAUUUACAGAUAUUCAAUAUGACUUUGGAAUAUUACAGCUAUCAUAAUAAUUUUUGAACAAGAGAAAGCUCUUGGAUUUGUCGAAUCGCAAUACAGCCUUUGGGCCCUAAUACAGUUUGAUUAG